UCAAGGUUUCUCGGCGACGUAACGCGUUGCUGUAAGCGUGGAGAGCUUGCGCAUGUUCCCCCGCCGCCGCCAAGAUUUUCAAUGUUCAACACGGCCAAGCUAAGUUUCCUCAGGAUGGAAUUGCCUGAAACUUUCUGUGCUAGAUAGCCAACUGAGUUUGCCACACUGAAUGACCAGCUGUAUUCUGCAACACGGUCGCAGCGCUUCCUGGGAGGUGAGCACAAGGACCCCGGUGGGUUGUGUGCGGCGGCAUCGCGUGGUGGUACGCUCACGGCAAUCUUCGAAUAUCUCGAGGUGGCGCUAACUCUAAGUCAGAACAAAAGUUGUCCAGUAGUCCCAGUGUGAUUCAAAGCCCACCUGGUCAGACGUCUGCCUCCCUUGUGGCCUCUUGCUCCCUCUGUCGCCUGCGCUAGGUGGGGUAGGCGGCGGCAGAUCUCGCCGCAUUUUCUGCAGGUGCGCGAAUCUGCGGAACCCCGCGAAUUUGCGGGGCCCCGACUAUUUUUUGGGCUGUGCGCAGCGCUGAGUUGUAGCAGCGUUGGUGUCUCUUGCUUCACUGGUUCAAGGAGAGAGGCAACGAGAGCUGCAGGGCGAACAUGUGUUGGCUAUCGAAUGCCCUACUGUUGCUGGCGCUGGCCCCGGUGGUGUCGGCGGAACUUGUGGACGAUUUCAACAUCCCCAAGGGCUGGAGAAUGCAGGAUCGCUAUCACGGCUUCCGAUACGAGGCAACGGUUGACCAAGGCUGCCUAUUCGAUGCAUACGCUGAGGCGGCCCAAGCAGCUGCGGACGAGCUGGCCUGCUUUGGAUGGGUGCAGCGGACGUCACCCAGCACCAUGGCGGGGGAAAGUCGCUGCUCGAAAGCCACCGGCGAGAAAAUGCAAGGGCGUUUGCGUCAGGGGCCGCCGGGCAACGGCUGCGACGUGGUCGGCUUCGAGACGAAAGACUACGCCGACACCAAGAUUAAGCUGCACUUCUCUCACUUCAAGAUCCUCGACGAGGAACGGAAGACGUGCUUUCGCGACACCCCCCACCAGUGCCCAGAAUUUUCCGCGAAAAAAAAUCCUGAAGCGGAUGAUGCUGGAUUUGUGGCGGGGCUAGAGUCCUGCAGCGAGGGUGGCUGCGCUGCUACGGCCGACACAGUCUCCGCUGGCCGUCUCGAGAGACGAUGACGCCUAGGUGUGCGAUUGUUGCCGCGUUUAAGUUGUACAAAAAAGAAUCAAGAUGGAGCUACAACGGUGGUUGAGAUGCGGCGUGACAACGGUCAUGAAGCGAGGAGGCUGCGAGAAGCUGUAAACAAAAAAAUUUUGAAAAAAAUCCACGCACAUGCACAUCGUGACGUCAAAUAUGUGGGUUUCCAAGCCGAGGCAGUCUAGAUGGUGUGGUAUGGAUGUACUGUAGUGAGGAUUUAGUGACGUCUGCCGGAUAAUGGACUCGUCUCUCCUCUUUUCUUUGUUUUUUCCGACAUUUGGUCCAAAGGAGGGAGGAAGUGUAGGGUGAAGCACGCGUUUGGAUGAAAGGUUCGUCUAUUUGCUUUGAUUAUUAUUUUGUUUUUGUGCUCGCUUUCGCCGCAAGUUCAUGGGCAGUGUUGUUUCGUAUGCAGACAACGCGGUGGGAAAGCUUGCUUGUUUUUUGCAGCUCGCUGUUCACCGUGUUUCAGUGCUCUGAUUUUAUGUGUUUUUCUUCGCGUGGACGUCGUUUCUUCUUAUCUCCGUCGCUGUUUUUUUUUCCUUGAAGGAAUGAUAAACAGAACGUCAGGGAAGAUUCCAUCAGCAUGAGGCACUCCUCAGUGUGUGCUAUUCAGGGUGACCCCGGCCGGACAAAAAAAGCCGCGCGCCGACUGCUCGCGCAACCCAAGUCUUGUGCCGUUUG